CCCAGCAGCCAUCAGUUCAGUCCGAAGAACAUGAAAUUCCUGACGGUAUUCGCAUUCGCCUGUGUGGCAACGUUUGUGGUGCUCCACAGCGCCUACGGGUCUCCCCUGCCGGAGCCCGUUCCUGAUCCCAGUCCAACGUCCGAUGUGAGUCGCAUUGGCAAACCCGUACCCAGCCCAGGUCCGAAUCCCAAGGCAGAGGCGAAUCCCAAUCCCUUGCCAGCAGCUUCUCCGCCAAAAUUAAACUUGCCUUAUUUGGAAUCAUUGGGACACCAGGCCGCCGGAGGUGAUGCCAACUUCGUGGCCCUAUCAGCCAAUGCGGAGCCCAUGAUUCCGGCCCCAGAAGCUGCAGCCCCGAAAGUGGACGAGGCCCAGGCCUAGUCGGGGGAUGCCCCAUUAUUGAGGAGCACAGCAGCAGCUAAUCUAUCUGGAGCCUGCACAGCCACACACAAGGAAGACACACACAUAUAAUAAUCUCCGGUAUUUAAUAUAUGCACUUAUGUAUUCCAACAUCCAGCAUGGGCAUUAAUAAAAUUGCAAAAAAAAAAUGUGA